CUCAAUCUUAACUUUGCACUGGGUUCUCGCUCUUGGCUUUUUUGUAUCUGUACUCGCAAUGAGUAGUCUCAUCUCAGCUGUUGCCUGGGUGCGACGGGGCGCUUCUGCGCAAAUACCCUCAAAAUAUGUUCUAGACGAUCAAGAGCUAGAGCGGGUCAGUGGCCUUGCGCGGAUCAAGUUGGAGGAUGCCCGUGUAGAGCUGCAGAGAGCACACGAAGCCGCAAAAUUAAUGGGUAGGGGUGCGGAGGGUGUCGAGGCAGAUGAUCAAGGAGAAGAAGACGACGAAGCCAAUUGGGUUGAUGAGGACAGCGAUGCAAUGGAUAUAGAUGAGACGCCAGAUAUGGCAAAUAAGGACGAUCUAUCUCAGUAUAAACUUGAUGAAUACGACGACGAUGUACAAACGGAUGCUAUUGGACCAUUCGGCAAUAUAAAGGGUCUCACUUACUACAAGGAUAAUUCUGAGGAUCCUUACAUCACGCUAAAAGAGGAUGACGACAAUGAACGCGAAGACCUUGAAAUUCUCCCAACGGACAAUCUCCUUGUGGUUGCAAAGACUGAGGACGAAAUAUCUCAACUAGAGAUAUACGUCUACGAAGAAUUGCAAGACAAUAUUUACGUUCAUCACGACCUCAUGCUCCCUGCUUUUCCUUUAUGUCUUGAGUGGCUUGACUUUCCACCAGCAUCAUCCACUUCCAAUGACCCAGCCAGCACUGGCUUCGGCAAUUACAUUGCUGUCGGUACCAUGGAUCCUGAAAUUGAGGUAUGGUCUUUGGACGUCGUCGAAUCCGUAUAUCCAAACUCCGUGCUCGGUAGACCCGACCUUACGAAAGCUCACGUUCCAGUGCCGUCAGGAAGUGGGAAGAAGAAGAAGAAGAGAAUGAAGUCUCGGUCCAUCGAAAAGGGCUAUCAUGUCGACGCGGUGCUGGGUUUGAGCUGGAAUAAAGUUCAACGGAACUUGCUUGCCAGUGCCAGCGCAGACAAGACUGUGAAGCUGUGGGAUUUGAGUCGUGGCCCUUUUAUGGAUGACACUGAUGGUGCGAUUCGGAAUUUUGAUGUCCACAAGGACAAGGUGCAAGCAGUGCAAUGGAACGAGAGAAAUCCUAGUGUGCUCCUUACAGGAAGCUACGAUCGUACUGUCCGGACAUUUGAUUCCCGAUCACCAAGUUCUGGUGUAGGGGCUUUCCUUGGGAGCGAUGUGGAGGCUUUACGGUGGGACCCUUGGGAAGAGGUGGGAUUCUACGUUGCUUUGGAAAACGGACUGGUCCUCAAUUACGAUGUCCGUAAUCUUCCCUCAGACUUGGAAACGCCAUCACCAGCACGUUUUACCCUUUCAGCACACGAUGGGCCCACAUCCGCGCUUGAUAUCAACCCUCAUAUCAGGGGAUGCAUAGGGACUGGUGGAGCUGAUAAGCUUGUGAAAAUAUGGAAUGUCAUUGACAAUGAUUCCAGUGGUAAGAUGAAUGUGACGUUGGUGACUUCUAGAGAUCUUGGCGUCGGCAAGGUCUUUUCGACAACCUUUUCUCCUGACGACCCUCUCACGGUAGCCGCUGGAGGAUCCAAAGCUAAACUUCAGGUGUGGGACGUCGGCGCCAAUUUUGGCGCCCGGAAAGCAUUUGGGACGAAGCUAAAGGAAGCAGGCAAACUACUGAGAGAGCGCGAAGACAGAGGAAAUGGCGGUGUAAUUGGCAUUGACAGCGAUGAAGAGGACGAAGAGAAUGAGGAUUAGCCAGUCAAGACUCAGUGUUGAUUUGAAUCUCACACGACGUGGUCGUUAGAGUAUAGAUGAAUAAUUUUAUCGUGAAGUAACAUGUAAAGUAACCUCUGCAUUAAGCUCUGCUGGCAAAAUUUCUCCGUCUGUAAUGGACACUUCUAGGCUCCUU